AUGGAGCAUGUAUGCUGGGAGAGAUUAGUGACUGUUGUAUUGGUUUUCUUUGCCACCAGAUUUCCCAAGGCCGUUGAUGGAGCAAUUCCAGCGUUGUUUGCAUUUGGAGACUCAAUUCUUGAUACGGGAAAUAACAACAACCUUGCAACGUUAAGCAAGUGCAAUUUUCCUCCUUAUGGAAGGGAUUUCUUUGGAGCCAGACCAACAGGAAGAUGGAGUAAUGGAAGAGUUCCCUCAGAUUUGAUAGCGGAGGCUCUGGGAAUCAAACAAACGUUGCCAGCAUAUCUGAACCCGUUCCUAAGUAGUCAAGAACUUGCCACUGGGGUAUGCUUUGCUUCAGGUGGCUCAGGGUUGGACACAAUGACAACUACCUUACAGGUUGGAGUUCUAUCAAUGUCCGCCCAAAUGCAAUUGUUCAAAGAUUACAUAAGAAGGUUGAGAUCACUUGUUGGAUAUCAGAGAGCAGCGUACAUCAUAUCCAACGGUUUGUACCUGAUUUCAGCGGGCAACAAUGACAUUGCUAUUACUUAUACUGUGUCGCCAAGGAGAUUGAUGUUAUUCAAUCUAUAUGCUGAUCUUUUAGUUGGGUGGCAUUCAAAUUUCGUCAAGGAACUAUAUCAACUUGGAGCACGACACGUGUGGGUUCUAAGUACAUUGCCAUUGGGAUGCUUGCCUGGAGCUAGAAAUUCAGUGGGUGGACCCUUAAAGUUUUGUGUAGACAUUGUGAAUGGACAAGCACAGAUAUACAAUGUAAAGUUAGCAUCAGCGAUGGCUUCCAUCAGAACAAGGGUUCCCAAUUUUGACCUUCAAUUCGUUGAUGUCUAUACUCCUUUGCUUAAUAUCAUACGGAAUCCUUUAGCAGCAGGGUUUGUAAACGCUGCGACCGGGUGUUGUGGAACUGGGACACUUGAAAUGGCAGAGUUAUGUAACAUAUUCAUUGGCUCUUGUCCAAUUCCUUCAGCAUAUGUUUUCUGGGAUGCUGGCCAUCCAACUCAGAGAACAUAUCAACUCAUUGUGGCUUCUAUACUAAAAAGACACAGAGUUUCAGGAUACAAUGUUUCAGGAUAUAAUGUUUCAAGCUCUUUUGAUACUACUCCUUCAAAGUUUGGCUCACAUUAA